UUAAUUGUGCCGAUUGAGGAUGGAACAUUGUGUUAGACGGGAGGGCAGAGAGAAACGCACCAGCAUCCCUCCCCCUUGCUAGAAGCGCCGAGGACAAAGACUAAAAUGGGUCAGACUCGAGAGAAACGAAGAUCCCUCGCUGUACAGAUUACGUACCAGCUACAGUGGUAUCUGUAGGUCAGAUAAAUGCAUCUAGUACGCCUGAUUCUCCGCAUCGUCUAUAGGAUACCUUACUCUUUAAUCCUUUAUGGCUAAAAGUCUUACGACGCAGAUUUAAAGAGACGGAGAUACAUCGAUUGUGGGUUAGAUGCUGUCUGGAUAAACAUUCAAACGUCUUGGAAAUCGUCAACAUGUUUUUUAAAUCUUCGAAUGGUUAAUGUGUAGCUUAAACCGCAAAUUACUCCAAUGUUAUUGGCAAUCUUGUGUCGGAUACUGCUUUAAGUUGUCCUGGGAACCAACGACCUGUGCAGACGAGGACGUUGGCAGCGCCGCGGGGGUGCUCGAACAUAAGGCACACGUACGUUAUUGUAAAGAAUGGCUUACUAAAAUACGAGGGGUAGCCUAUCCUAGGCCACAUUAGUCUAUCUGUUUUGUAGAUGUAAGUGCUUUACCACUAUCGCUGUUUUGUUUCAACAUAUGGGCCUGAUUUUGUGAUGGAUUAAUAACGGAGCAUGGGUCAUAAUAGGAGACAGGAGCAAAGUUCUGCUUCAAGGAGAUAGAGGUGGAGUGUGUGUCGCACUGUGAACCCAAAGGGCUCCUGAAUUUCUAAUGGAGGACUGCAACUGACAUUCAAAAGCUAUUGCACUCUAUAUUUGCCCUCACCUUCUGGGGCCUGGAUGAGUAUGUGUAUAACCAGAGCCCUGUGGAUCUGUGAAGCCAUGAUCCUCUCACCGACUCGUCCUAUGUCCAUGGGGACGAAAGUGGUCUUCCUCCUCGCCAUGACGGUACUGAUGGUCACAGUCCCUGUCCAGGGUGCGAACCAGGAGAUGUGUUUCUCCAGGCAACACCAGAACACCAUCGUCAACGUGCGGGUGGCGUUAACCAAACCUGGCACCGCCAUGGACUCCAGAUACGUUUUGUCUGAGCGUGACUGUGUCCUUUCCUGCUGUUCACAAGAAGUAAAGCCAGGUAUCAGCUGCACUAUGGCAGUGUACAAUCCUAAUAAGCCAAAAGAGCCACCCAACAACCAGAAUUGCUAUCUUUUCCACUGUGAAACACCGCAAGAUUGCCCUCUUAUGUCCGCACAGGCUGGCAUCAAUACGUUUGACAUUUCCAAAGGUCUGAUUCGUGCCACCACAGUGAGACCCAUUACCACAGCUCAAACAGCUACAACAACCACAGAGCCAGCCCCAACUACCCCAACUACCCCCCAACCCACCUUUACUACAACUACCACACAAGGUACUACGACAACACAGCCAACCACAACAACAACUACAGCAGCAACACACUCACCGGUUACAACACAGCCGAUAUCUACAACUACUACCCUAAAAACCACUACAACCACACCAACAACAACCCCACCACCAACCACUACAACCACAACCCAAGCCACGACUACCACACAACCAACAACCACCACAAUGCAACCUACAACCACUCAGCAACCGAUCACGACCACUACCACUGCACCGACUAUCACUAUAAUACAGAUACCUAUUACAAUAGAACCAACUACUACAAUCAUUGAGGAUACAACUAUUGCUAGUACCACGACAACACCAACCACUACCACAACUACAAGUCCUCCAACAACCAAAAAGCCUAAUAAACCCACAAAAAAACAAAAUAAAACACCUAAAAAAUCCAAACCCCAUCCUGUGGUUGCCACAACUUCUCCACCUAUCCUAACCACCACAGCUCCCACCCCUGCCAAAACAACCACGGGCCAGCAAACCACCCCAAAACCAGAACCACCAAUGGAGCCAACAACCUCUACUACAAUGCCGACCACUACUAUUUCCACCACCACAGCUACCACCACAACUGUCAGCACCACAACCACCACCUCCACUACUACCACCUUCACUACAACCACCUUCACUACUACCACCUCCACUACUACCCCCUCCACUCCAACUAUGGCACCCACUGAGUCAUUGGCCACAAGGACAACCACAGCUCCAGGGCUGGCCUUUGUACCCAAAGGGGCCAUGGAGUCCGGCCGUGGCCUCCAAAACCCCAUCCCUCCUGAGGGUGGGAGUGUUGUCCUGGGGAAGGGUGUGGCCUCACCAGGGUCUCUGAAGACCAGCCUGGUAGCUGUUGUGGUGGUGGGGCUUGCUAUCCUCACCCUGGCCUUAGCGGUGAUGGGACGCAAAGCCAUGGAGUCCUUUGACAGGCGCCACUACACCAGAUUGGAACUUAACGACCUGCACUAUGAGGUGUGAACACACCUGCGCACGUGGACACACCAGCUUUUGUCUUGCUUCACAAUGUUCUGCCCUGAAUAGACACAGCUCAUGCAAAAAAAAAAAAACACUUACUUUUUCAAUAAGUCACAGUAUCAGUUUACUAGUAUUUACUAGUACAACAUCACACAACCUAGAUUGAAAUGGCCCCUCUUUUAAAGUUCAACAGCGAGAUUUGAGAUAGAUACGGACUAACGAUAAAAACAGCAAUACGUCCAUUCCAUAAACUCAGGAAGCCUCUGAUUUAAGGGCCCAGGGGCGUAGAGUGACAAUGUGCCCACUGCAUGUCAUGGACAACCCUUAGCAAGAAAAUGUAAGAGGAAAAAGGCCUUGUGUAUGUAAGAGGUAAACCUCUGCAUGUCUUUCGUUUAGUUCCACAUGUUUGGUACCAUAGCCAUAUGAGAUUGUGGACUCUUUCUUUACCAACUCAAUUGUACUGUCUGACGUAAUUCACUUUUUCACUGUGUAGUUUUAUUGUUACAUACAAAUUCUCCUGGUUUUUGAAAUGCAGUGAUGGAUGCAAUUCUUUGAAAAUUGAUGCUCAGUUGUAUCCUACGUUUUUGAUAUAAUACACUUCUUUUUAAAUGGUAAGAUUCUUUUCAUAGGUAGAUUACACUGGCCGCACACUAUUUUCAUAAGUAACUUUGUACUAAAUCAGUAUGCGAGUGAGUGUGCAGAUUGAAUGCACUAAUCAAUACGUGUGAGAAACAUGCCUACUGGUAGGUUAGAUAUCCUUAUGUACCACAAGAUGGCAGAAGCUACCUUUGAAAUCACUACUGAUUUUGUAUUGGCAUGCUGCGCAGCCACUUUAAAAGUCUCACCACGCCAAAUUAUGAUACAGUUGCACAAAUAUAAAAUUGUUUAUGAUUAGUAUUGCUUUAAUAUGUAAAAUGUGAAAAUAAUGGAUGGUAAAAGUUUGGUCUUGUUUUGUGAUGUCUUGCUUUCAAAUAAAAUUUGGAUUAGGUGUUUGAAAUAUUAGUUAGUAUGAAAUAAAAUGUGUUUUU